AUGCAAGCCCCUCCGAGCUACCCCAGUGGAAGGGCGCUCCGUCGUCGCCUCCACUGCCGCCCCUCUGCCUGCUUGGACACAGAAAGGAAUUUGCUGUCUGGGCUGGUCAACGUGGCUGUGGUGGUGGUGGUGUGUGUGGCAGUGUUUCAGCCGCGGUGGUUCUGGAUGGAUGGCGGCGGCUGUUCCACUAACAAUCUCAGCCUCUACCUCUUCUUCCUCGCCGGUCAGUUUGUCCGAGUGAAUGGUGACGCCUCUUCCACCACCUUCUACUCUGUUCCUGAUGACGCCCCCUCCUCUUCUGAUGCCCCAGCUUCAUACAUCUACUAUAUCAACGGCGAAGAGCUGGAGCUGUGUGUGACGCCCCACAUCGUGUCGCUGCUAGAGGUGGUGAUCGGCUUGGUGUUCCUGAUGUUGUGUGCUGCCUCUGUACAGCUCAUACUCGAUCUGGCAGGGUCAGCUGGCAAGGCAGCACGGUGUCUCAGGAGGAACGCUCUACCCAGCAUUGUGGCGGUGUGGGCAUGCGUGGCAAGUGUGGGCGUGUGUUACCGCCUCACCGUGCUACUGGAGGCACUGCAGGAGGCCACCAAACCCUCGCACGGCCUCUCCGCCAUGGACAGGGUGCAGGUCAAGUUUGACGUGGGAUUUUAUCUUCUGGUGCUGGCAGGUGGCCUAUCAGUGCUGGCCGUGGGGUGCAGCUGGCUCCGUCCGGCACACAUCUUCCAGCCCCCAGACAGCGCGCCCCUCAUGGAGGACUGUGGCUUGGAGGGCCUGGACUCCCUGGCUGGCCCUGGAAGUUCCCCCGGCUACCCUUGCUUGAUGGACCGUGAACCACCCCCGCCAUUAGAAGGAAACCCCCCACCCCCAUACUCCCCCUAG